UUGCUGUCUUGUGCUCACCUGCGCUAUUAGAGCACAUGAUUAUAUCUGUACGGCCAUGCGAGAAGAGUUCAUGGCAGUUCGCCACGUCGCUAGAGGGCAAAUGGGCGUUGCGCACAGCGAGGAACACAAUUUAUUACGCCUGCGCGCUGCGCCCUCUUGUCGUCUCUCUCUGUGUAAUAAUAUGGGAAACAUCUGGGCAACAUUCAGGUUGUGGUCAUGACGCAUUUCGUGUCUACGAACAGCCACGGGGUGACAAAAAUAACCUCCUCUCGGAAGAUUUUCGCUUGCAAGAGCCACCUGGAGAUCCGACUGUCACUUGUGUUAAGUAUAUUUCGGAAGGCGAGUCAGGUACGUGCAACUGUGAGGCUCGCUUUCAUGAUGACAAGCCCCCUGAUUUUUCUCUGAUGUGGCCUGGACUUUCGAACAACUCAACCCUGCAGCUGACCAAGGUCACGCGGGAAAAAAAUGGAACUGUGUUCACCUGCUUAAUGAUCUGGAACGGACAUCGCAGAACAGCCAACUAUACACUGCAAGUUGCCUAUGGACCAGACAACGCCCACACCAACAUUGUAGGUCCACGUAGUUUCAUCACAGAUGGCAGGAGACCUCUCACCUUGACCUGCAGGGCGACUGACACAAAUCCCAGCCCUAUAUACACUUGGGACACAAACAGGUGCGACAUUGAGGACCCCGUGGCAGGGACCUGCACAUUUACACCUGAACCGCUGCGGGACGAUGGCCAGAGGAUUCAGUGCAGUGCAAGAAGUGAUGCAGAGAACAACAACAAAGGAAUGGCAGAUUUUGUUCUUAAUCUAACAUAUCCACCCAAGGAUCCUCCUUCAAUAACAGGCUACACACCGGGUACCGUUAUUUCGCACGGAGCUCAGCUGCAGUGUAGUGUUACUGGAGGGAAACCGAUGGUGUCCAAAGUCAUCUUCACAUGCGAAAAACUGCAACUGGUGUCUGCGGACUCUCAAACCAUACAGCCUGAGAAUGCCAGUGUGUCGAGUAUUUUAACCAUCGAUUCUAAAAACAACAGAGUUGAGUGCAAAUGCCAGGCAGUGUGGGAUCCGGAAGAGAGCCUGUACACACUGACAAGCCAGAUAGUAGUACUGACACAAGAACGUGAAGAUAUCAACGUCAAGAAAGAGACAACGAAUACAUUACCCUACCAUGUCGCGCAGAUCAUCCUUAUCGUUAUGGUUACUCCAUCCAUGGUCGUAAUAUGGAUCCUGGUAAAACGUUACAGAGCAUCCCAAAAGAAGCGGACAACUGCUGAAGAAGGUGAAUCCUUGAAAACAUUUACCUAGCAUCAAUAAGGAAAGUGUGCUUUUAUUAUUAUUAUUUCCGUGCAUCAAAAUAGUCUCUGACGCCGGCUGUGAUCAAGACAAUCUCUUUAAGGUAACGUUCUCUUUACCUUACGAAAGAAUGGUUGUGAAGAAAAACCUCGUAAGUACAUAUUUAUUCUUACUAUGGUACUGCACAAUGUGCAUUUUAUAAAACUUUUCCUGACAAGAGUUCAUUUGGCAGAAUGCAAUGGAUACUACACAUGCAUUGAAAUCUAUUGUAAACAUGUCACCUCUUAUGUAACAACGUGAAUAGAACUAUAUUUAAAAAUAUGUUCCCCCUCCCACAAUGACUGUCUUCCUUUAAUAAAAUUUUAGGACACUGAGCAAAUAUUUUCCAUGAAUAAAUGUACGAAAAGGGAGAUUUCUAGAAAGUUUUUGUAGACUCUGCAACACAAAAGAUGUAGGGGAUGAAUUUCAUUAUGUUGAAGUAUUAGGCAAUAAUUUGUAUUGUUAGCUGUGGUGUACAUUGCCUGGCCUAGGUGUACAUUUUUUCUGCUUCAUUUAUGCUUUUGUUAGAGAAAAUUUUGUAAUAGUGCUGGCAGAACAUAGCAAGAUUUUGUUGACGUGGGUAGUAAUAUAACUAUUAUAAAGCACAUAUAUAUAUAUGUAAAGCACAUAUGUAUAAAGCACAGGUCGAAUGGGCAGCAGGUGAAAGUUUUUUUUUACACACUGGGUAAAAAUAAAGUGAGAUUUGGGGUCCUGUGAUUAUUGAUAUUACUGUUUGUUUACAUCUAUUUUAAUGGUUCACAAUGUUAUGCCUCACUUGUAAGCUUCUGUUAUAAAUAAAAAUGAUUUAAUACAUG